GCACCCAUAUUUACCCAUCCUGAUCUUUCUCUCUUUCUGAAAAUCCUGUCACACACACCAUGAAAGUGAGAGCCAGACCAUCAUCCACAGCUUCUUAAAUUGGUAUAAACAACACUCACAAAAAAGCUAUAACUGUACUUAUAAUCAUAUAUAAGCUCCCCAUAUAUAUAUGUAUAUCAUCUUAUUAGCUAUAAAAAGCUAAUCUAUAUAGCUAUAUAGUACUAGUAUGCGCCAUUGACGACAUGGCUUUCCCACCUCACAGUUUCAUCUUCCAAUCUCACCAAGAAGAUCAUCACCAUCACCAAGACCAUCAUCACCACUUAGCUCCUUCCACCUCAUCUCAUCACCACCCCUUCCAUGGUGGUCACCACCACGCGCCAUUCAUGAUGAAGAGAUCACUGUCGUUUUCAGGUGCUGAUGAGAACAACCACAAUCAUAGCAAUAUUAUUAAUAAAUGCACGGAAGAAAUGUUGCAUGGAGAGGAUGAGUUGUCUGAUGAUGGAUCCCAGCUAGGGGAGAAGAAAAAGAGGCUGAAUCUCGAACAGGUGAAGACUCUUGAGAAGAGCUUUGAGAUGGGGAAUAAGCUUGAGCCCGAGAGAAAAAUGCAGCUGGCUAAGGCUUUGGGGCUGCAGCCCAGGCAGGUCGCUAUUUGGUUUCAGAACAGGAGAGCCAGGUGGAAGACAAAGCAACUUGAGAGGGACUAUGAUGUUUUGAAGAAGCAGUUCGAUGUUCUUAAGGCUGAUAAUGAUUCUCUCCAGGAUCAGAAUAAGAAGCUUCACGCAGAGCUGCACCAUGGAGUCCGUGAAUCUAAUUUAUCGUCAUUGAAAGGUAGAGACAUCUCAAAUGACUCCGGGCGUGAUCAUCAUCACCAUCAUCAUCAUCAUCAUCAUCAAAACUUUAAGAAAGAAGCAGCUGAUCAAGGGUCAUGGAGUAAUGGAAGUGAUGAAAACAGUUCAGAUGUCAACUUAGAUAUUUCAAGGCCACCACUAAUAAACACCACUACUACUACAACUACUACUUCAUCAGCUUCUUCUCAACUAGUACAAAACCUCUUCCCUUCAACCCUUAGACCAUCUUCCAUAACCCAACUUCUCCAAGGCUCAUCAUCAUCAAGGUCAGACUUCCAAUGCCUCAAGCAGGCUGACCCUCAUCACCAUCAUCAAUUGGUGCAAUCAGAAGAAAGCUUUUGCAACUUGUUCGUCAAUGGCACUACUGCUGCCACUGCCACCGCCGCCACCGCCGGCGUUGAGGAUCAACAACCUAGCUUCUGGCCGUGGCCCGAGCAGCAUAAUUAUUUUCACUGACCGAACAAGAAAAGACCAAGAAGAAAGAAAAUCCCAAUAUAUUUUGAUUAAUAUUUUUCUUGUAGUAAGUUAAGACACUGAUCAUCUUUCUUUCUUUUCCUUCUUUUGGGUAUAAUGCGGUAAAAUAUUUUCAUUAUAAUGCAUGAUCAAUUUGAAUUUUUCAUGUUUUUGGCUGUAGAGAUAUUUGAUGUAUAGAGCUUUCAUCAGAUCAAGUCAUAUUAUUUCCUUUUAAUUUAUGUUUAAUUUGAUCA